GCUCAUCGUUUAGUCAGACCAAGCUGCAAGGAUACCGCUGAAGACCUAAAGAUCAGAAAGGACAUUUUUAUUGAGGUUCAGUUUUUGGGUGGGAGACACAGUUGUGUGUUUUUCAACCAGUUUUAAUGGUGCGUAAAGGGAUGCUCUGAUUCGGGUCUCUGGAGCUCUCAACUGUAGUCAAGGAAGCAGUGAAAGGCGUUUUAGUUUUGUUUCAAAACGAAUAUUUUGUGACAGAAGGGUUCUUUCGCAGUAUGUCACUGGAAUACGCCAUUCUUGUUCACUAAAUGGACUAUUGAAUACCUGUUACUUAUUUGGUUAUAUAUUUUCAACAAUACGUUGUUUUUUUGUCAUAUGUCUAACAAUUAAAAUAGAUUACCUGUGAAAUAUCACAACUUUGUUACUCAAAUCAGACAGUCGCGUUAAUAACGGUCAAUACGAGAUAAAAAGCUGUUAUCUCAUGUUUUUGUUGUCGUUUCCCGCAGUGCAAACUAGGCAUUUUUCGUAUUUUAUCAACUGAUUAGGUAGGCGAACUUGUUGCAAUUUCCUUAGCGCUCAGGUAGUGCGCCAGUGCAACAUUCUAACAGCAAAUACAUUGGUAUUCUGGACAACAUGAGAAUACAAGUUUAAAAACAAGUUUACAUGACGUGUAACUGCACUGAUUUAUUGUUAUAUAAAUGGACUAUUUGCGGCAGUGCGUUGCCCAUAACAUCUGAAGGGUCGAUUCGAUUCGCGAGGUGUUGAAUAGGCUACACCAGAAUACUGCAACAAGUAAACAUUACUUGUAAUCUAGUCAUCUUCGACACCUUUGGGCGAAGUGCUGUGAAGUGUGCUGUGUGGUCUUACCGAAGCGCACAUUGAGCCCCUACGUCCAAGUGCUUUUUAGCUAUCAAUUUAGAGCGACCACAGGCACAGCUGCAGCAGCAAGUGUCACAGCGAGGACUGAACAACUCUAUCACCAAAAUGACGAACGGACCAAGGCAACGGGGCAGCGCAGCCGCAUCUGGCGGGGAUGCUGUCUCCGAGUCCGGGAAGGAGUCAGGAGGGGUGGCUCUGAAGAAAGAGAUCGGCCUUGUGAGCGCCUGCGGAAUUAUUGUUGGUAACAUCAUCGGGUCGGGGAUAUUCGUCAGCCCUAAGGGUGUGAUGGAGAACGCCAGUUCGGUGGGUCUGGCUCUGAUCGUGUGGAUCGUCACCGGCAUCAUCACGGCCAUCGGGGCGCUGUGCUACGCCGAGCUGGGUGUCACCAUCCCCAAGUCAGGGGGAGACUACGCAUACGUCAAGGACAUCUUCGGAGGACUGGCAGGGUUCCUGCGUCUGUGGAUCGCUGUGCUGGUGAUCUACCCCACCAACCAGGCGGUGAUCGCCCUCACCUUCUCCAACUACGUCCUACAGCCCCUCUUCCCAACCUGCUUCCCCCCGGAGAACGGACUGCGCCUGCUGGCCGGCGUCUGCCUACUGUUGUUGACGUGGGUGAACUGCUCCAGUGUGCGAUGGGCCACCAGAGUCCAGGACAUCUUCACAGCCGGCAAGCUGCUGGCCCUGGCUCUCAUCAUUAUCAUGGGCAUCGUGCAGAUCUGCAAGGGAGAGUACUAUUGGCUGGAGCCAGCAAAUGCCUUCGAGCCCUUCCAGGAGUACGACGUGGGACUCAUAGCCCUGGCCUUUCUACAAGGCUCCUUCGCCUACGGGGGAUGGAACUUCCUCAACUACGUCACUGAGGAGCUGGUCGACCCCUAUGUGAAUCUUCCUCGCGCCAUCUUCAUCUCCAUUCCCUUGGUGACGUUCGUCUACGUAUUCGCUAACAUCGCCUACGUCACUGCCAUGAGUCCUCAGGAGCUGCUGGCCUCCAACGCUGUUGCCGUGACUUUUGGUGAAAAGCUGCUGGGAGUGAUGUCAUGGAUCAUGCCCAUCUCUGUAGCUCUGUCCACCUUCGGAGGGGUUAACGGAUCCCUCUUCACCUCCUCACGGUUGUUCUUUGCUGGAGCCAGAGAGGGCCACCUCCCCAGUCUUCUGGCUAUGAUCCAUGUGAAGCGCUGCACCCCCAUCCCUGCUCUGCUCUUCACUUGUCUGUCCACCCUGCUGAUGCUGUGCACCAGUGACAUGUACACCCUCAUCAACUACGUGGGCUUUAUCAACUACCUCUUCUACGGGGUCACUGUUGCCGGGCAGAUUGUGCUGCGCAUCAAGCAACCCGACAUGCACCGACCAAUCAGGAUCAGUCUGGCAUGGCCUGUGAUCUAUCUGUUGUUCUGGGCCUUCCUGCUCAUCUUCUCCCUGUACUCUGAGCCUGUGGUGUGUGGCCUCGGUAUGGCUAUCAUGUUGACUGGAGUACCUGUCUACUUCCUGGGUGUCUACUGGGACAACAAGCCCGCGUGCUUCAACACCUUCGUUGCCAAGAUGACCUACCUGGGCCAGAAGUUCUGUGUGGUGGUGUAUCCAGGGGAGACGAAGGGAGGCGAGGAGGCAGGGAGCGGGGAGGAGUGCGAGCAGCUGAAGGAGUCGCGGGCUCCUCUCUCGCAGGAGGACGGCGAGACACAAAAGUCUGCAGACUGCUGAACACACUCCUUGAAUAACCCCCCAACACCCAACGCCUCACCAUACACACACAGACACACACACACACGCAGAGAAACACACUCUCAUUGAGGUAGUCAAAGUUUCAGGUAUAUCCCUAUGGCAGAGGGGAGUUAACACCCACACACUCACAGACUUGGAAACAUUCAGUGACACACACUGUUAUUUGAAUGUGUUCAGAAGUCUGAUUGUAGCUUUGUUUCAAUCACGAAUGCUGUGCCAAAUAGAGAAACGGAGGAGAUGGAGGUGGGAGGGGGUGGGAGGAGGUGGGAAGGAGGAGGAGAUAAACGUUUAGUGGAGAGGGGAGAUUAUAGAACUAUAUCUGGUCAUCACAUGUUAGUGUGCCUCCUUUCGAUGCUGCUUACUGUAGAAGACAUAUCCAACCUGACAUCCUCACAGAUACACACCUCUUCAUUCCCUCGUUUUUUCUUUUUUUUACCCACUUGACAAUAAUAAGGAUUCCUCUUUCUCUUCCACCUCCUCUUCUUUUUCAUCUUCCUCCUCUUCCUCCACACACUCCCUGCACACUUCAUGAGUGAGAGAGCGGCGCCCAUUUUAAAGUACUCGUAAUGUACUGUGGCAGAUUCAUCAUCAAUAUUGCUUGUGUCAGUUUGCAUUUCUGUUUUGACACCUUUUGAAUUUGCCUUGUCUUACUGAAAACACACCAAAGCUGGAUUUUUUUGAUCGUCAAAAACAUCAAAUUAAUAUCAAUUCAUUUCAUGUUCAAUGUCAAAUACACUAAAUACUGUCUGUGUUUUUAAAUUUUAACAACUGUGAUUCCAAAAUGUAUUUUAUAUCUGUGAUAAUUGUUUAUAUCAUGUGUCAUUGUUAUUAUUUUAGUUUUAUUAUGUUAGUUUUAGUUUGUGUUUUUUUCCUAUUCUACAUCAUGCAACAGCGGAGGUAUACAUUUAAGAGCCUAUGGGGUUCAGUGCCAGUCAGAUCCUUGCCUGGUACUCUUUUAUCGCUCUAAUUCUGAUAUAUUCUGUACUUAGGUAUUGGUCUAUUUUUCUUAUCAUUGAUGUUGACAGAUUAUUUUAUUCUGAUAUUUGUAAAGAGCUAAGAAAACAUUUAAUGGAAAAGAAUGGUGUGGCCAUUUUGAAUAUUCCACUUUGACUCAGUGACUUCAUUUUACUGGACACCUGAGAAGGAUUUCAUUAAAGACAGACAAUCAACUCUACAGACGGACCGCCUGCUCCAUGAAAGACUAGCAGUACAGACUGACUACAGUGCUAAACCUUUACAGAUACUAACAAACAGAGAAGUCUUGAAAAAUAUAAGGGUAGGCUAGCAGACUCUGAAGAGCAUUUUGAGUAGGGUUCUCCGCAAUAUUGACCAGACAUGCACAAACUCACAUGCACACAAACACACGUGAACCUCCGCGGAGAGAAUUGACACAAGUUUAAUCAUGUGUAGCUAAGCGUACUGUAAUGUUGUGAAUGAGGCCAACCAGUAGUGUUCCUGUGUUUUAAUGUCAAUGUCUAUCAUGAGGUUAAUUCAGUAUUUUUGUAAAUUAAAACAGAUCUAUAAAUCCACUCUA